UAAGAAAGUGCGCAUUACCAGCAGCAGUUCCACCUCUGAAUCAUUCAUGCUCGUAUCUAAGUUAAACAAGGGAUUUAAUCAUCGUCAUGAUUUGGACAAUCCUUCUGCUACUCAAUGGGAUCCUGUUCUUUUAUUUCCUUUCUAAUCGGACGCGGUCCAAAAGAGAACCACCUUUGGACAAAGGAGUUAUCCCAUGGUUGGGGCAUGCGCUGGAUUUUGGAAAGGACGCUGCCAAAUUUUUAACAAGAAUGAAACAGAAACAUGGAGACAUAUUUACGGUCCGUGUGGCUGGACGUUACGUUACCGUCUUACUGGAUCCCAAUUCCUAUGACUCUGUACUUCAGGACACAACAUCUCUUGACUUUGCACGCUAUGCUCAGGUGCUGAUGGAACGGAUUUUUAAUUUGAGGCUUCCAAAUUACAAACCUGAGACAGAGAAGGCCAUAAUGAGAAGGCAUUUCCAGGGCGAGAGCCUGUUACGCUUGAACCACGUCAUGGAGAACCACCUGCGAACACUGCUAUCACAGGAGACAGAGGCCCUAAACCAGUCUGGCUGGAAACAAGACGGGCUUUUCAACUUCUGCUACAGCCUGAUGUUUAGAGCUGGGUAUCUCACACUCUUUGGUGGAGAACAGAACAACAAUUGCGCUGAUGCUGCCAAUGUUUAUACAGAGUACCACAAAUUCGAUGGCCUCUUGAUGAAGAUGGCUCGCAGCACCCUAAAGUCUGGGGAGAAGCAGACCGCAGGCUCAGUGAAGCAGAGGUUGUGGGAGUUGCUGGCACAGGCUGGAUUGAGGCAGGAGUCCAGUUUGUGGCUGCAGAGUUACAGACAUCACUUGCAGGCAGAGGGCGCUGAUGAGGAAACACAGAGAAAGGCCAUGCUGUUACAGCUCUGGGCCACACAGGGUAAUGUGGGCCCUGCUGCAUUUUGGCUCCUGGCCUUCCUGCUAACCCACUCAGAGGCCAUGAGGGAAGUGAGAAAGGAGUUUAAGAGUGUCGGAGUGCCUGGAACUAACACACUCAACACUCAGGAACAGACACCUGUGUUUGACAGUGUGCUGGAGGAGACUCUCCGCCUGACCGCUGCCCCUUUCAUCACUCGGGAGGUCCUGCAGGACAAGACACUGUGCAUGGCAGAUGGACAAGAAUACGAUCUGAGGAAGGGUGACCGUGUCUGUCUGUUUCCAUUCAUAAGUCCACAGAUGGACCCAGAAAUACAUUUUGAACCUGAGAAAUUCAAGUAUGACAGGUUUCUUAAGGCAGAUAGAACAGUAAAAAAAGACUUCUUUAAAGGUGGGAGGAGGCUGAAGUAUUACACCAUGCCUUGGGGAGCAGGGACCAAUGCGUGCGUGGGAAAGCCAUUUGCCAUCCAGUCCAUCAGACAGUUUGUGUUUCUGGUUCUGUUCCAUCUGGACAUUGAGCUGCAUGACCCUGAAGCUCAGGUGCCUGAAGGGGAUGUCAGUCGCUAUGGUUUUGGAAUGCUACAGCCGAACAAGGAGCUUCAAAUCCGAUACAAACGCAGAGACCACCCUUUUUCCCAAUAACAGUCCACCUGUACCAAUUACCCAGCUCACCUGUACAUAUUUAUUUAACAUUUUUUCAUACUUUUUAUAUAUGACUGUACAUAAUUUUGUAUAUAUUUCAAUACUAGUAUCUUACUUGUUUGCAAUUGUAUAUUAUCAUUGUCACUUUAUGAAAACUUGUGGGAAAAUGCUAUAUUUACAACAAGGAUAUAGUUUUAUGCAUUUUGAAGGGGGUUUUGAAUAAACAAAUUAUCUAACAACAA